AUGGCGGCCUACGGGUACGGACCUCCCCCUCCUCCGCCCUCGGCAGGAGGCGGACAGCGACCUGUGUUUCCGAAUCAGGGGCCUUCCUACACCUCUCAACAGGGUCAGGGUCAGAGUCAGGGCAAUAGAGGCUCCGGAGGACCAAGUGGUCGUGGCCGAGGUGGCCAUUUCUCCCGCAGUCAAGCCCGAGUCGAGUACAGCAAGCCGCCGCCGCCGCCGCAGUUUGCCUACGCAGGCCAGCCAUAUCCAGCCCAGCCCUACGAAAGCGCACACCCGCCGCCGGUCGCAGGUGCAUAUGCGCCUCCCCACGCAGCCCAGUGGCAUCCCGAUCAAGCGCACACGCCCCCUCAAGCUGCCCAUUCUCCUGCGCCCAUAUCGUCUUCUAAUUAUCACCCCAACUAUGCCCACCAGCCCUAUGCUGCCCCCCAAUAUCCCCAGCAGCCGUCCUAUGCCCCAUUGCCACAGCAAUACGGUCAGCCUUACCAAGCUCAACCGCCGCCGGCACACUGGAACAGCCAGGGCCACGUCCAACCGCCGGCGUACGGAGGUGGUCGAGGACGAGGGGGUGGUUACAAUGAUGGGAGGUACAGGCAUGACCAGCCACCACCUCCCAUGAGCACUUCCUAUCUCCCGGCCUACCCACCAGCCCAAUACCAAUACGGCGCCCCUCCCCCUCCCCCUCCCCCUCCGUCUCAGUCGUCACACUACCAUGACGGAGGUCAUCGCCCUGGACGUGGGAGAGGAGGCGGACCUCAGAGAGGUGGAAACAUCAGGGGUCGAGGAGGUCACAAUGGUGGAGGCAGGCCGCACAACAAGCACAAUAAUCAUGACGGCCGUGGUGGGGCUAAGCAGCAGCAUCAGAAGCACCAGAACCAGAACCAGAACCAGAACCAGAACCAGCAGCAUCAGAAACAAAAGUCGGACAAUCCAAACCUUGGCAAAAAGAAGAAGCGUAAAACAAACACGCUCGGUCUUACGCCGGGAAUGGAGUCUGAAUCUGAGGAUGACGAAGGGGAAGAGAAGGCGCUUGAACAGCUCUUGGGCCAGGAAAGAUACCAGCUCGACGAUCUUGCCAAGUUCUUGCUCGAGCGAAGAAAGAACUUCCCUACCAAGGCGCGUGCAGAGGCCAAGAAGGCUAGCGAAAAAGAAAGAAAGGCCGAGGAUGCUGAUUCCGCCCUCAUCCGAGAGCGUGAUAAGUUGAGGAAGCAACUUGCCAAGGUGGAGUCAUCUAUCAAGCGCAAGAGAGAACCUGGAGACGAAGGCGACGAAAUGAGAGACCUAUCAUUGAACGAUACGGAAGAUGAUGACAAACCGGAAGUCAUGUCUUCUAAAGCUCCUACGUCUGUGUCAAACCCUCAAGCUCCACAUCCCCCGGCGGCAAAGAGGGCCGACAUUAGUCGGCACUGUAAGUACUUCUCGACAGGUGGCACAUGUGGCAAGAAGAGCAAGUGUCGUUUUGUCCACGAUACCCAGGUACGAGAAGCCAACCUCAAGGAGCGUGAGGCCAACCAUGGACGCCUCACUAUCCAACAACGCCUGAUCCUCAACGAUAAGGAGCAGGAAGACCUGGCCAUCCUCGAGUCUAUUCAGUAUCUCCGCCAAAAGGGCAUCAUGUCCAAGAAGGAGGCGACAGUCAAGGAUGGAGAAGGCCACGCUGAAAAGGAAGAACAGGAUGAACCCUCGCCUUCUGUGCCAAUGGCUGCGCCGACUCCUUCACCCAAGCCCAACUCUUCUUCUCUCCCUUACCCUCCUCCCAAGACCAGCCUGUUACCUGCUGCGCCCCCAUCUUUGCCCCCGCUGCCUCCUAAGAGAGAGCCGAUGCCUUCGCCUCGCCAAGAGCAAUCCCAUUCCUCCACUAUCACGAGCCGCGACAGUGUCGAUAAUGGCAAGAAUCAGAACGGGCAAGACUGGCUUGAGGAGGCUUAUGGGAACACCAAUGGCCAGAAGCCUCCGAGCGAUAGCCUGCCUUGA